AUCACUUCCUUGGACACCACUCCAAGUAAUUUAUAUACUAAAGUAUGAAUCCUUCAAUCUUGGUUCCUAUAUUAAUAUCACACGAAACAUUUUCUAGUGCUAAAUGCUUUGUGCCUUAGACGUUCCAUUCUACUCUAUACCCACCAAACCCUAAAAGAGAAAGCCUUCCAGAUGGAUGGUGAUGGAUCAUCCUCCAACCCAGAAACCAAUCACCAUGAAUUUUCUGAGAUCACUUUGAGGCCGCUCGAUCUGUCUGACAUCGACGAUUUUAUGGAGUGGGCGACCGACGAUAAAGUGUCCCAGUUUUGCACUUGGGACACCUACACUUCCAGAGAACAGGCUGUAGAUUUCAUUACCAACAUAGCGAUUCCUCAUCCAUGGCUGAGAGCAAUAUGCCUGAAAAACAGAGCAAUUGGGUCAAUUUCAGUGGCACCAGGUUCAGGAAUUGGUGUGGGGAGAGGCGAAAUUGGGUAUGCUCUAGCAUCAAAGUAUUGGGGCAAAGGAAUUGUCACAAGGGCAGUGAAAAUGGUGGUUUCAACUCUAUUUUUGGAGUGGCCACAUUUGGAGAGGCUUGAAGCUCUGGUUGAUGUUGAGAAUUUGGGGUCCCAAAGGGUGUUGGAAAAAUCUGGGUUUCACAAGGAGGGUGUGCUGCGGAAGUAUGUUUUGAUUAAGGGAACGUCUAGAGAUGCGGUGAUGUUCAGUCUUCUCCGCACGGACCGCACUGAUGUUACUUAAUCUUGAAUAUGUUGAAAGUUAAUCUUGCACAUGUGAGGUGGGCCGAGAGAGAGUGAGAAUAAUCUGUGAGAGAGAGAGAGAGAGUAGUGAGUUCAGUUUGUGAGGUGUGUGAGCCGUGAGGUGAUAUACACGUGUGAGUUUGUAAUUUUCAGAUUUGUGUACUGAAUCAAAUCAAUCAAUAAAGAGAUUUGUGACUGCUUUGUAUGUAA